AUGUGUUCUGUCAGACUGGUGGACUGCAGGAAACUGAUGGAGAUGGAAACACAGACCACAGUGAAGGAAGAACAGACUGAUGAAGAUGAGAAUCAUGAUGAUUUUGUUCCUUCAGGUAAACUGUUGAACUGCAAUAACAUGGAGAUAAAAACAGAACCCAAAUCAGAGGAAGAUCAAACUGAUGAAGAUGAUGACUUUAUACCCUCAGUGGACACUGAUGUAGUUUCAGAUGUGCUGGAGGUUGUUGUUAACGCUGUUGUAUGUGACAUCAGCUUUCCUACCUUACAAGAGAAGAAACUUCAUUCACAAGAGCACAGAGACCAGAAACACUAUGAGAAGAAACACUUUCACUGUCAGCAGUGUGGGAAGAACUUUCUCCGCUCUUCUCAUCUGAACGCUCACAUGAGGUCACACACUGGAGAAAAACCUUUCCACUGCAGUCAAUGUGACAAAUAUUUCAGCACCAAAUCAAAUCUUGUUUCUCAUCAGAGAAUUCACACUGGAGGAAAGACGUACGCGUGUCCUCACUGUGACAAGAGAUUCAACCAUUCAUCUAAUCUUAAGAUACACAUUCGUGUCCACACCAAUGAGAGACCGUAUGAGUGCAGUGAAUGUGGAAAAACCUUUAGGGAUUUAAGUUAUUUAAAGUCGCACCAAAAAAUACACUCUGAGGAGAAACUCUAUCAGUGUUCACACUGUGAUAAACGCUUCCGUCAUAAAUCUCAGCUGAUAACUCAUGAGAGAAUUCACACUGGAGAGAAACCUUAUGUCUGCUCUCACUGUGGAAAGAGAUUUUCUGAUCAACGUCAUUUCAGAGAUCAUCAGAGAAUUCACACUGGAGAGAAACCUCAUCACUGCAGUGUUUGUGGGAAGAGUUUCACUCGACACGACACUUUAGUGAAUCACAAGAGAACUCACACAGGUGAAAGACCUUAUAAAUGUUCUCAGUGUGACAAGACGUUUGCUCGAUUAGAUGUCCUAAAAACCCAUAAGAGAGUUCACACUGGAGAGAAACCUUAUCACUGCUCCAUCUGUGGAGAGAGAUUCACUUAUUUAGGAAGUUUUAAUUCUCAUCAGAAGAAACAUGCUGAAGAACAAACUGCACUGGAAUCAUCAUACCCUCAGGUGGAUGGGAUGUGCUCCAGACACACACAGGACUCGGAGCUCAGCCUCACUUUACUCUGUUAUACUGACACAAACCCCACAGACGCUCAGGACACUGUGUGUGACAGUAAUCACACCUUGAAUCAGGAUGAAUCUACUGAUCAAACCUCCACAGAGUCUCUGGAUUCUGUCUGUAACGCUGGAGAACAGCAGAUCCUGAACACCAGACCACUCAACAUGUGUUCUGUCACACUGAUGGACUGCGGGAAACUGAUGGAGAUGGGAACACAAACCACAGUGAAGGAAGAAUAUCACACUGAUGAAGAUGAGAAUCAUGACGAUGAUGAAGACGACGACAAUUUAAUUUCCUCAAAUGAGAGCAGUGAAACGGAAGAGAUUCAGAGGAAGGAGAAAAAGCACGAGUGUCCUCACUGUGAGAAGAGAUUUUACAUUGUUUCUUGUUUUGAAAGACACGUGCGUGUACACACUGUUGAGAAAUGGUUUCUGUGCAGCGAAUGUGGAAAAACAUUUAAAAAUUCAGGUUAUUUAAAAUCACACCAAAAAAUACACUCUGAGAAACUCCAUCAGUGUUCACACUGUGACAAACGUUUCCAUCAGAAGUCAUAUUUGAUGGUUCAUGAGAGAAUUCAUACUGGAGAGAAACCUUUCCUCUGCUCUGAGUGUGGAAAGAGCUUUAUUCGAAAGGAUAAACUCAGAGAUCAUCAGAGAGUUCACACUGGAGAAAAACCUUAUCUCUGCAAUGUUUGUGGGAAGAGCUUCACUCGGUCAGAUGCUUUCAAAGAUCAUCAGAGAGUUCACACUGGAGAAAAGCCUUAUCACUGCAGUUUUUGUGGGAAGAGCUUCAGCCGACGUGACAAUUUAAGGACACACAAGAGACUUCACACUGGAGAAAAACCUUACAAAUGCUGUCAGUGUGACAAGGCGUUUACUCAACGCGUUCUUCUGAAACUCCAUCAGAAAGUUCACACUGGAGAGAAAUCCACCAGAGAACAUGGGUUUGGCCGCAUUGUGGGGAAGGCUGAGUUCCGUGAAGCCGGUGAGCCCAUCUUUAUGAAGAAGCACACUGAUGGAGGAGACGCGAAAAUCGAAGGAAAAGUUACAGGAAUGCUUAUAGAAAUAAUGUUAGAGCAUGGAGUGGAAAAACACUGGUGUAAGAGAAAGAGAGAAGACAGGAAGGUCAUGGAUCUUCUCCUCGGCCCCCCUGUGCCCCCUGGUGCCCCUGGCGGGCCCCUGUGGCCCUGUGCCCCAAUGGAGUGGGCCACUGAUCCCAGCGGGGCCCUCCGUGGGGUUGUGGGGGCUCCUGCCUCUGCCGCCUUCCUCCGCCGCCAAGCUGUGGUUCUCGGCACCUUUGGACCAGGGGGUGUAGCAGCAGAGAUCUUUAAACGUGAGGGUGGCGAAAUUUCCAAACCCGACGAGGAGCGUGUCUUCCUGCGCCGGUGUCCCAGACCCCUCUCGAACAUGCCGCUCUUGGAUGGCUGCCCUGACGUCCGGAAACAGGCCCGCAUACUGCAGCAAGGCUUCUUUGUUGCCCAUCACUGCAGUCACGGACGUGUCUCCACGCUCUCGCUCCUGCCGAUGAGAGGCCAGCACCAUGGCUGCAUAUCCAGCUUGAUGAUCAUGACGUCACAGGAUGGCACGUGCUCCAGACACACACAGGACUCCGAGCUCAGCCUCAGUUAUACUGACACAAACCCCACAGACGCUCAGGACACUGUGUGUGACAGUAAUCACACCUUGAAUCAGGAUGAAUCUACUGAUCAAACCUCCACAGAGUCUCUGGAUUCUGUCUGUAACGCUGGAGAACAGCAGAUCCUGAACACCAGACCACUCAACAUGUGUUCUAAACUGGUGGAGAUGAAAACAGAACCCACAGUAAAGGAAGAACACACUAGUGGAGAUGAGAAUCAUGAUGGUUUUGUUCCUUCUAUCAAACUGGAGAACGUCGGGAAGCUGGAGAUAAAAACAGAGCCCAAUGCAGAGGAAGAACAGACUGAUGAAGACAGCGGGAACAUGAUGGUAGAACCCACAGCAGAGGAACUUUACACUGACGAAGAUGACAAUCAUGAUGAUGAUGAUGAUGAUGAUGGCGACUACAAUGAUUAUGAUUUUAUUCCUCCAGAUGAGAGCGGUGAUUCAUGUUGUGAUGGAGAAACGGCCUCUACAUCAAAACAGCGACUGACAGCUCAAACUGCUCACAUGAAGACACACAGUGAUGAAAAGUCUUUCCACUGCAGUCAAUGUGGCAAAUAUUUCAGCACCACAGGAUAUCUAGAUAUUCAUCAGAGAAUUCACACGGGAGAAAAACCGUACGCGUGUCCUCACUGUGACAAGAGAUUCAGCCAAAAACCUCAUCUGAAGAAACACAUGCGUGUCCACACCGAUGAGAGACCGUAUGAGUGCAGUGAAUGUGGAAAAACCCUUAAGAGUUCAGAUGCUUUAAAGUCACACCAAAGAUCACACUCUCAAGAAAAACUCUAUCAGUGUUCACACUGUGAUAAACGCUUCCUUAAAAAAUCUUAUCAGGUAUGUCAUGAGAGAAUUCACACUGGAGUGAAACCUUAUCACUGCUCUCACUGUGGAAAGAGCUUUUCUGAUCAUAGUUCUUACAAAGUUCAUGUGAGAAUUCACACUGGAGAAAAACCUUAUGAGUGCAGACUUUGUGGGAAGAGUUUUAGUCGUCAAAACAUUUUAACAAAACACCAGAGAAUUCAUACAGGUGAAAGACUUUUUAAAUGUUCUCAGUGUGACAAGACGUUUGCUCGGCGAGAUGUCCUUAAAAACCAUGAGAGAGUUCACACUGGAGAGAAAAAAUCUGCACCAAAACAAUCAUAAUUUCUUGUUGUCAGAUCCUGAUGUCUGGAUCCUAAAAAGGACAUUGACUAAAGGCACGAUAGAAAACAACAUGCUGAUGACAAAGCUUCAUGUUCACAAACAAGCGUGAUGUUUUGUUGUUCUGUUGAUUCACCUGUCAGUAUACAGAGAUAACAGAGGAGUUAAUUCAAUUCAAUUUUAUUUAUAUAGCGCUUUUCACAUAGAAAUACACAGAAAUUGUAAUAUCAGCAGUCUCUCGGUGAGCAAGCUAACACAGCCCUGUGCCGAGGAACCCAAACUCCAGUGAUGAAUAAAUGGAGGAAAUAAACUCGGGAGGAACCAGUCUCAGCCGGGAGGGCCAGAUCUCCUCUGAUGUGUCACUGCUGCACUCACUGACUUUGAUUUAAAGUUACUGAGUAAAUGUUUAUGAAUAACAAGGAGAGAUUAUUAGUUGUGAUUUGGGAACUUUCAUUUGUUGAAACUGGUCUACUUAGGUCUAAUUUUGUGACCGAUAUCAGACAACAGAGGAACAUUGUAAGCAGGGAAAUAGUAAUGGCAUAAUGUAACUGAGUGCAGCUAUAACUUCAAACUGCGGUCAUGUGAUGUAAGUUUAGCAUCAAAUACUAAGUAUUGUGAAUACUGUUGACCAUUAAUGUGACAACAAGUAGUCCGUCUUUGCUCUUGGUUGGUGAUGGAAUUCGAUUAGAACAUUUAAAGGUUAUAAUAGGAAUCUCAAUGGUUUUAAUUUAAAUUGUAAUGGUGUCUACUGGUUUGUGAUUAAUUCUCUUGGUGGCAUGUUGUCUGGCAGAUGGGAACCAGUAGUACAUCAAUAAAUCCUAAUAAUGCCCGAAACACACUACAUUAAUUCUGUAAUGGUUUUUCAGCAGAGGUAUUGUUAACAAGCUAACAUGAACAACAAUGAAGGUUUUUAAGCAUUUAUUUGUCCUUGUUUAUGUUAGUUAAUGCCAGUACAAUUGUUCAUGUUUGUUCACUGUGCAUGUUACAUUUACCACUUUUUUAAAAGGUAUGAUUAAAUUAAGAUUAAUUAUUCUUAUAAUUAUUGUUACAAAUACAAUCUUUUGUAUCAACACGUUUUUUUGCAUGUGAAGCGUAGUGUUUGGCCUUUUAAGGAUAAAUCCCUUUUGUAACCAGCAAUUGAAUCUUUUUUUGGGCUUUGGAAAUAAUAGGUUUGAAAUUUACUUUACAUCUACACUUAUCAACAGAUAUUUGUAUUCCAAGAUAUGUUAUAUUAUCUUUGAAUGCAACACCCUCAAUUGAUUUGAUAAGGCGAUUUUUAAUCGAUAGCAAUUCACAUUGAUUCAAAUUUAAACUUAACCCCGAAGCAGGAUUGAAGGAUUGAAGAACCUGCAAAGCUAUUUAGAUUUGUGACAAAUCAUUUAAGAAUAAAACUAUCGUCCGCUAAUUGGCUGAUAAUAACUCUUAGUGUUUCCAAUUGUUAUAAACUUUAAGUUGCUACUGUUUAUAUGUGAACUAAGGAGCUAUGUAGCAAUAAAAAAAAGAUAAGGGACACUGGACACUAGACGUCUAACUCCUCGAUUUAAAAAGAAUCUAGGUGAAGAACCAUUACUUGGUCGAAUUCAACCGUUACAAUUUGUAUAUAGCAUUUUAGCCAUUCUGCAAAAGGAAAGCCUGAAAUAAAAAUGUUAUUAUAAUGUGUCAAAAGCUUUGUAAUAAUCUGAAAAGAAAAUGAAUCCGUCACUGCUAAAAAAAUUUGAAUAAUCUAACAUGUCUAGUAAUAACCGUACAUUAUUAGAAAUGUGUCUUUGCAUAAACCCUGAUUGUGUUUCGUCAAUGAUAGAUAAAAUUUAAAACCUGUUUUAAUCUUUUUGCUAGGACUAAAGAUAAUAUUUUAUCAUUAUUAUUCAGUAACGUGAUCGGACGCUAAUUAUCUAAAAAUAGGGGGUCUUUAUUAGAUUUAGGGAUAAGGGUUAUUAACCCUUGGCAAAGAAGUGAUGGUUUCUUUCUACUUUCCUCAUAGACCUUUAAUAAAAAAGGUGCUAUGAUACAAAUAAAUGGCUUUUAAAACUCUGAAAAAUUAAAUUGCAGGUUACUUUAUGCAUUUAUCUUCAUACGGGUUGAAGUCAACCGAUGUUACAUUUCCCACAAAAUGGUACAGCUCAAUAUAUCAAUCACUAUUAUAAGCUUACCGUUGUAAAUCAGGGGAAGGUAGGCAGACAGUUUUCAACACAAAUUUUUAUGUACUUGCCCAAUACUAAAUUUUGGUUUAUUUCAACCAAAUAAGUUAUGGAUUGCAGCUGUAAAAAAUAUAUAUCAAUGUAAUGUCUGAAUUAAGUAAUGUCUUUAUUCAGUUAUGAAUAAAUGGUGCCAUGCUGCUCUGACUUCACCCUUGCAGGCUCCCUAUUGGCUGAUUCAGGGGUCAAGGGCGGCCAUUUUGUGUUUAAAUCAUUGUAGUCCUUAGUUUACAACACUUAAGUCAGAACUUAAGAAUCAGUCUUAAACUUUACUGAAAGUUGCUUUUAGGUUCUUUAUAGAAGUCUCCUACUCUUAAAAAAGUCCUACUUCUUACUAAGAAUUUUUUGACACUUAAGUCAAGGUUUAAGACAACUCUUAAGAGCAUUUUUGAGAAGUUUUAUACAUAUGGGCCCUGAUAUCUAUCAGUGUAACAUUUCUAAUCAGUUGUUGAAUGGGCCGAUAUUCUGUCGGCAAAUGGUAGCCUAUAUUUUUAAACUAUGAAUGCAACAAAUACCACAGUUAUGUAUAAAAAUAUAGUGUUUUCGUACAAAAUACAGUAAAAAUAUAAAUUUUUCACCAUUUCUAGCCCUGUUACAAGUGCAAUUUUUCAGUAUCAGAUAUACAAGUGACUGUUGGACUUUUAUUCUACAUUUUACAGUGCAUGGUUUCCACAAGAAAUAAGAAAAGAACAGAUGCUGACAUACUCUAACAGAGCACUUGAGGUUGCUUUCCACUAUUUAUUCACCAGUGAUUUCUUUUUUAUGAAAGCUCUUAACUCUUUUUUUCUUUUUGAGCUCUUAUAACUCGCAUCAAUCAGGUCCUGCACUUUAUCACUCUUAAUAACUCUUUUAACAUCAGUCUCGCACUUAAUUUUCUCAAUCCUGCAUGUUUUAAAAGCGAAACCAAAACGUCAGACGCGCAUGCGCUUUGCUGGACACGCAAGACUUGUGAAGGUGCACCUCUCAGAAAACGUAGACAAAUAAAAAAUCAUUUUAGAUGUUUAAUUACAACUCGGAGGAUUGCGAUUGCAAGACGAGGGCAAUGUACUCAUUUUUAAUGAAAAUCUCAAAUUCGAACAAAAUCCAUAUUUUUCACUUCUUUUUCCUGUAGCUCAAGAUUAGACCGUGCGCGUGCGCAUUCCGACUUAUUAUACCAGCAGUCGUAUCAUGGUUGUCAUCCUUUUCACCUCUUCCGAGUUUGCAAUUAUGAAAAAGUUUAGCGUUAAGCAAAGUUAGUUAGAGAAGAGUCCCACACAGGCUCAACACGCAGAUUAGGUUUCAUUUGUGUGACAAUAUGACGGAAGGCACAUGCGCCACCUGUUGUCAAACAGUGGAGUUACAAUUUCACAUUAUCCGAAGUGUUGAGAUUUAUUAGCUUAUUUACAUUUACAUUUACAUUUAUGCAUUUGGCAGACGCUUUUAUCCAAAGCGACUUACAUG